AUGCGCUCGUGACCACCUCUGCUUUACGCGGCCUUGUCCUUUCCGCCCGCCACCUUAUAAUCGCUCGACGCCCUUGGCCUCGCCUCCGCACUGCACGUAGCCGGCCGGCAUCACACCGCACACACAGUACUCCUCUUCCUCUCACCAGCACGCCACCUUUGGCUUGCUUCGCCUGCACAGCUAGCUAGGGCCUAGGGGAGGGAGGGGGGAGCUGGUGGUGGCAGAUGGCGAGCAGCGCGGGGGACCGCUUCCUCAGGCAGCUGAGCGCCAGCAACGGCGGCGGCUACGACGGCGGCUGCGGGCUGCAGCAGGAGUACGGCGGCGGCGGGAGGAGGGGCUCGCGGCGGUGGUCCAAGAAGCGGGCCGCCGCGGCGAGGGGCUACGGCGUCAAGCAGGGGGAGGCCUCCGCGGCGAGGAAGCGGGUGAUGGUGGUGGUGGACGAGAGCUCCGGCGCCAAGCACGCCAUGAUGUGGGCGCUCACCCACGUCGCCAGCAAGGGGGACUUCCUCACGCUGCUCCACGUCCUGCCGCACUCCGGCAGCGGCAGGGGCGAGGAGGCCUCCUCCCUCGCCAACUCGCUCGGCACGCUCUGCAAGGCCAGCAGGCCCGAGGUGGAGGUUGAAGCGCUUGUGAUCCAAGGGCCCAAGCUGGCCACCGUGCUCAGCCAGGUGAAGAAGCUGGGGGCCUCCGUGCUGGUGCUCAGCCAGAGCAAGCCAUCUCCCUACUGCUGGCUAGGCUGCCUCCUGCGGAACAGCAGCGCUGAGUUUGUGGAGCAGUGCAUCAACCAGGCGGAGUGCCUGACGCUGGCGGUGAGGAAGCAGAGCAAGGGCGUCGGUGGGUACCUCAUCAGUACCCGGUGGCAGAAGAACUUCUGGCUCCUGGCCUGAAAACCUUGUCAUUAUAGCCUAGUCACUACUACAUGAAUCACAUUUUUACUCCCCGUAUAUCUGCUGUCAUUGCGUUUAACCAAGUCCGUCACAAAAAUGCCUUUGCCCCUGCCUUGUCGGUGUAUCUGUGUGGAUCGUUCUGCUGUUUCUGUUGUAAAGCCAAAAGAGCCUUAGAUAUGACCCUACCCCCAACAAACCUGUGUCUCCACUGUGGGGUUCGUAAUCUGUAAUGUACUCUCGUGUAAUGCUGCGUAAAUGACCAACCCUCCUGUUGUAAUACUAUAUGUCCUGUCUGCUGAGAUUAUCGAAGUUUCCAAGUUUGUUGUUUGCUGC